CGGCCCAGAGAGGGCCUUAUUCAGUGGAUUUACAUACGGCUCCCAUCAGCCGGCCCACUCAUUACCACGUUUUAUAUCCCCCUACGCUGCGAGAGCAUCAUGACAAAGUAGCUCCAUCCUCUCCUUCAACAAGGAAGUGAAGCAGCUUCUCGGAGCAGGUGUCAGCGGCCACUAUCUGGACCAGAGAGGAAGAAAGGAACUUUUUGUAAACUUUUUUAAUUUUUUUUAUUGUAUUCCCUCUGUUUCCUCAUUUCCACCCCCUCAUCCCAUCUGCUGCAGCGCGCAAACAGCAGGCCUAUGUUGAGUUUUUCAUGUUUUUAAAAAUGGUAUCCAAGCUGACAUCUCUGCAGCAGGAGCUCCUCAGCGCCCUGCUGGACUCGGGAGUUACCAAGGAUGUUCUGAUCCAGGCCCUGGACGACAUGGACCCCAGUCCGCCUGGCUUUGGAGUAAAACUGGAGAGCCUGCCCAUGUCCCCCGCGCGUCCCCAGAGCGGCAAGAUGAACGGGGUGGACGUGGAUUCCAAACCCGUCUUCCACACGCUCACCAACGGCCACAGCAAGGGCAAGAUGUCCGGGGACGAGGGCUCCGAGGACGGGGACGACUACGACACCCCGCCGAUACUGAAGGAGCUCCAGUCGCUGAACACGGAGGAGGCCGCCGAGCAGCGCGCGGAGGUGGAUCGCAUGUUGGCAGAGGAUCCGUGGCGUGCUGCCCGCAUGAUCAAAGGUUACAUGCAGCAGCACAACAUCCCCCAAAGGGAGGUGGUGGACGUCACAGGGCUGAACCAGUCUCACCUCUCCCAGCACCUCAACAAAGGCACGCCCAUGAAAACGCAGAAGCGAGCCGCCCUUUACACCUGGUACGUCAGGAAACAGCGGGAAAUUCUCCGACAGUUCAACCAGGCAGUGCAAGGCUCUAUGAGCAACAUGACAGACAAAGGCAAUCAGGAUCCGGUGUUUUUUUUCCCCGAGUUCAACCCGUCUGGUCAGGGCAUGGGUCAGCCAGGCGAAGAGGUAGGCAGUGAACCGUCCUGCAAGAAAAUGAGACGUAACCGCUUCAAAUGGGGGCCGGCAUCCCAGCAAAUCCUGUACCAGGCCUAUGAACGCCAGAAGAACCCCAGCAAGGAGGAGAGGGAAGCUUUGGUAGAAGAGUGCAACAGAGCCGAAUGUCUUCAGAGAGGCGUCUCCCCCUCCAAAGCUCAGGGCCUCGGCUCUAAUCUGGUCACUGAAGUGCGAGUCUACAACUGGUUCGCCAACAGGCGCAAAGAGGAAGCCUUCAGGCAGAAGUUGGCCAUGGACGCCAUCACCGUACCGUCCCACGGCAUGAACACUCUGCUGUCCCACAACUCGCCGCAUCACCCCCAGACCAGCCUUUCACCUCCCAUGCGUUACAGCCAAGGCCCCGGUGAGGUCACCUCCUCCACCACCAUCAGCCACCACGGUGGAAACGCCAUGGCGACCAGCCAGUCGGUGCUCCAGCAGGUGUCUCCGGGUGGAUUGGACCACAGCCACAGCCUGCUGUCACCUGACUCCAAGAUGAUUUCAGGUUCGGGUGGAGGUCUUCCUCCAGUCAGCACGCUGACCAACAUCCACAAUUCUCAUCACAGCCACCAGCAGAACCUCAUCAUGCCUCUAUCCGGGGUCAUGGCCAUAGCACAGAGUUUGAACACGUCGCAAUCUCAGACGGUGCCAGUGAUCAACAGCGUGGCGGGCAGCUUAGCGGCGCUGCAGCCGGUGCAGUUUUCCCAGCAGCUCCACAGCCCCCACCAUCAGAGCCUGAUGCAGCAGUCCCCCGGCCAAAUGAGUCAGCAGCCGUUCAUGGCUACUGUCACACACUCGCACAUGUAUCCUCACAAGCAGGAGCCUCCGCAAUAUUCCCACCCGUCGCGUUUCUCCUCGGCCAUGGUCGUCACAGACGGCAACAGCCUCAGCACCCUCAGCUCCAUGUCCUCCAACAAGACGGACGGUGCAGUAAACAAGAUGGUACAACUCGGGGGUCUCUCCUGGUGUCCUCUUCAAGCUUGGUGAGAGCGUCCACCUGACUUCCUCGGUGCCCGGCAACGGGAGCACAUUUUUCCACCCUCUCACCGUGGUAACCACGACGACUCUUAAUAACUGGCAACGCCGCGCUGGAUGAUGAGUCAGUCAACAAAACUAGAGGGGUGGCGACGACGUUGGGCCAAGCGGUGAAAAUGAGAAAUGGGGUCGGACUGGGAAUAAAAAAAAACAAAAAGCUCGCUGCACCUGAAAGUGAGGAGACUGGAUUCCCCCUCUGUCGCACACACAUGAUCAACAAAGAUGAUUUUAAAACAAUCUUUGAAAACAGUAUUUUUUUUUUUUUUGCCAUCAUCUUUUCUCACAUUACAAUGGAACAAAAAAACCAAACGCAAAAUAUGGCUCACAAACUGCAAAGUCUGGGACAACUUCUAAGGUGGGAAUACGAAGACGCCCUGAAACUAACAGAGACGGUGAUUAACCUCUGUGAAGGCCGAAAGACUCACGGCGUUCCUGGAUAUCGCCACAAACUGUCAUGCAUGUGAGCAGAACUGUUUGACAAUCACAAUAACCCUGUUUUGAUUGACAUUCUUACAUGGGCCUUAAAAGAGUCUUCCAUAAUAUUCCUUCACAUUCGGCUUCACUGCGCUAGCGCAGGUGAUUAACACAAAGGGUUCAUCACUUCAGGAGUGGGUUCAAUGUGUAUACUGUGAUUGAAGAGACUUUGACAAUCUUGAAAGGACUAUGCAAUACGUCAAAAAAAGGUUGUAUGCAAUUGUUUGUAAGAUGUGAGACACACUCGGGACUGAUCAAUUGAAGGUUCAGUGAAGUCACGGACAAUUUGCCCGUAGCGUACUGUGAUGCUGUACAGGCCGUAUGCUGGAGUUGCUCUGGAUAAAGGUCUCCGUAAAAUAACAGAACAGCAGAUGGAUGAACGUGUGACUAACCGUACCAAAGAAUAGGAGUCAGCCAGCAACGUCUGCGGAGGGAGGACUGACUCACACACUCUGGUGCCCUUCCCCUCCGUGUUGUUUGCACACACAGGUUCAGGUGAAUUUCAGGAAUGGGACUUGCCCGCCUCUUCCUCCUCCUCCUCCUCCUCCCACCACUUCCUGCUUCAAUGUGAAAAGAUACCAGAUUGUACAAAUAUUGUUAAUAACUCCCCAUCACACAGCAGGACCCCCACCCCCCGUCCAGGGCUAGAAUGGGAAAAUUGACAAGUAUACAGAAAGGAAAACAGUGGAAUUGUUGUGGUAUUUGGUGGAAGGAGAGAGAUGUGACAGUGGGCCGUGUUGCGACAGCAGCUCCUCUAAUCAUGCAGGAAUCCACAGAGACUGGUUCGCCCGCGUGCGGCGAAGGGAGCGGACGAAGCGUAGCGCCGUUAGCCGCAGGCUAGCUAGCAGCGGGACGCGUGGGCGGUGCGCAUGCGCGCGUCAGCGACCCGCCUGUGAAUGAGCGCCCCAGAAGGUCGCGUCCCUCCAGGGUGCGUGUUUUCACGCCGCCCUUCGAAGGCAGGAAAUGAGCUCCGACCGAACACACAGCCUCAGUUCAGUUUCGCUCAUGUUCACUAACGACGAUGGAAAAAGGGCUUGAGAUGGGGACAAAAUGUGGCAUCAAGAAUCCUUGUUAAUGCUGAUCAUAAGUGUGUCAGAUCCAGUCUGCGGUUCAAUAUUAGGUCAUUACAUGUGUUUUUAAUAUGUUAGUCAGUUGGUGUGUGUCUGUUUUUAUGGGCACACACCUUCUGCCAUCUGAUCAGAGGGCACUCACACUUGUGUGACAGAUAUGAUUCUUUUUUCUCCUGCUAAUGUAUUAUUUUUGUAUAAAAAUUUAAAUCAAUCAUAAAUCAUUAUUUAUACUUUCUGAGAAAAUGUUGAUAUUUUAAGUAAAAGUUUUUUUUUUCAAAAAGAACAUGUUUUUGCCUAUUUUGUGUGGAAGUUUCCAAAAAUGUUGAGCCUGUAAUAUCACUGUAUUUUCACAAUAAUUUAUCAUAUUUUAAUAUCUUAUUAAAAACAUUUGGAACAAUAUCUUACAAUUUCAAA